ACACACAUGAUCUAUCAGACAUCAAUAAUGGAGCUACAAAAUUUUCUUAUCUCCAUCAUCGCCCUCAUCUUGUGGUUCUUCAUAAAGCCCUACCUCCAUCGCCGGUCCACCAAGCUACCUCCCGGUCCGACCGCCCUUCCAAUAAUCGGUUCACUCCACCUCCUCGGUUCUCGCCCGAACCAGUCCCUAGCAAAGCUGGCUAAACUCCACGGCCCAUUAUUCACCCUCAGCCUCGGCUCCGUCACCACCAUCGUCGCUUCCUCGCCGGAAACCGCCAAGGAAAUCCUCCAAAAACAGGAAAAGAUAUUCUCCGCCCGCACCGUCCCUGACGUCAUCACCGCCCAGCCCAACCCUCAGGCCACCCUGGCCUGGGUCCCCGGCGACCACCUGUGGCGCAACCGCCGGAGAAUCUGCAGCACCCGGAUGUUCACUAAUCAACGCCUCGACUCCCUGCAGGAGCUCCGGCAUAGAAAAGUGGAACAGAUGGUUUCCCACAUAAAAAAACACUGCUCCGGCGCCGGCGCGGCGGUUGAUAUAGGGCGGUUGGCUUUUGGGACAACCCUGAAUUUGAUGUCGAACACCAUAUUCUCCGUGGACAUGGUCGAUCCGGAGUUCGAGACGGCGCAGGAGUUUAAGGAUUUAGUGUGGAGGAUCAUGGAGGACGCCGGGAAGCCGAACUUAUCGGACUUUUUCCCGGCGCUGAGGCGGCUGGACUUGCAAGGAAAGAAGCGACAUAUCAGGCCGGCGUACGAGCGGCUGCACGAGAUAUUCGAAGAAACCAUCGAGAAAAGGGUGAAAGAAAGGAGUUUUGGCGGCAUGGAAAGAAAAGGUGAUUUCUUGGACGUUCUUCUUGAUCAGUGUGAAGAAGACGGAUCUGGUUUUGAUCGCCAAACUAUCAAGCCUUUGAUCCUGGAUUUAUUCAUCGCCGGAAGUGACACGUCGGCGAUAACAACGGAAUGGGGAAUGGCGGAGCUUCUUCACAAGCCGGAGAUACUCCGGAAGGUCAGAGAAGAAAUCCUGGAAGCAAUCGGCAAAACAAUGUCGGUGAGGGAAUCGGACUUCGAGAAACUUCCGUACCUGCAGGCGGUGGUGAAAGAGACGAUGAGGCUCCACCCGGCGGCGCCGUUACUAUUACCGUACAGGGCCGAAAACGACACCGUAAUGUUCGGGUACACGGUUCCGAAGAACAGCCAGGUGCUGGUGAACGCGUGGGCGAUCGGGAGGGACCCACAGUACUGGGACAAUCCGUCGGAGUUUCGGCCGGAGCGGUUCCUGGGGAGCGAUCUGGAUUAUAAGGGCCGGGAUUUCGAGUAUAUUCCGUUCGGGGCGGGUCGGAGGAUUUGCCCCGGGAUGCCGCUGGCUAUAAGGAUGGUGAACUUGAUGUUGGCGUCGAUUAUUCAGUCGUUUACGUGGAGACUGCCGGAGGGGACGACGCCGGAGAAGUUGGACAUGGAGGAGCAGUUUGGGGUUACGUUAAGGAAGGCUGUUCCUCUUCUUGCUAUCCCUUCUACGGAGUAAAAAGCUUUCUUCUUGUCAUUAAGGUCUCGCUAGUUGUUGGUUAUAAAUAAAGGUAUAGAUCUCCAUGUCGGUCGUUAUUUAGACAAAACUUUGAGAUUGUGGCAUGUAUUUAUAAACAAUAUAAAUUGUGAUAUACUUCACCAAAAAAAAUAUAAAUUGUGAUAUAGUCUCACAAAGUUGCUCCCUCA